CGGUUGCUGGCUGCACAACAAUGCCAUCAAUCACAGAGAGCUCCCCCCUUCAUCAAACCUGACUUCAUCCCACCAACCCCCUAAAAGCUCCCGUAUCACCACCACGACGUCCACAGAAGCCAUCGCCCGGCCUCCGUAUCACGAUCCCGAGCCACCGCCCCGAUCUAGUCUGAUUUGUUUCGGGCUCGACAACGGCAGCCAGCCCACAGCACCGGUCCAACGAAGCCCUGGGAACUGCUUCGCUCGGGCACUUUGAGGCGACGCCGUCAGGACAGGAAUCAGCUGCAAAACCUCCCAACAUCCAUCCCACUGCCCACCGACCACCCGGCGAGCAUUGUCACUGCCUAAAUCGCUCGUCAUGGCUGACGCGCCGAAUGCGAACGAUGAGCUCUACCCCAUCGCUGUGCUCAUUGACGAGCUCAAGCACGACGAUGUCAUCCUCCGUCUCAAUGCAAUCCGUCGCCUCUCCACUAUCGCCCUCGCCCUGGGCGCCGAGCGCACUCGGGAGGAACUGAUCCCCUUCCUCGAUGAGUCUGUCGAGGACGAGGACGAGGUCUUGGUUGCACUGAGCGAAGAGCUCGGCAACUUUAUCGAAUACGUCGGCGGGCCUCAAUGGGGCCACGUCCUGCUGUCUCCUCUCGAGAACCUCGCUGCAAUCGAGGAGCCGGUCGUCAGGGACAAGGCCGUCGAGUCCCUCAACAAGAUCUGUGUCGAUCUCUCCUCGCAGCAAGUCGAAGAAUACUUCAUCCCCCUAACGAUCCGACUCUCCAAAGCCGACUGGUUCACGUCAAAGGUGUCAGGAUGCGGGCUCUACACCAGCCCCUACUCGAAGGUGUCACCACCAAUCCAGCAACAGCUUCGCCAGCAGUUUGGACAACUCGUCCACGACGAGACCCCCAUGGUGCGCCGCCAAGCCGCCACCAACCUCUCCAAGUUCGUGAAGGAGAUGCCAGCUUCGAUUGUUGUGGAGGAGAUGAUACCCAUGUUUCAACACCUUGCGCAGGACGACCAGGACAGCGUGCGCUUGUUGACAGUUGAGGUGCUUAUUGCCGUUGCCGAAGUUGUCCCCAAGGAACAGCAGUCAAGUCACGGCGUCCUUCUUACCUCUCUCCGGAGCCUCAUAGAAGACAAGAGCUGGCGGGUCAGGUACAUGAUUGCAGAUCGGUUUGAGAAGAUCGCCAAAGCAGUCGAUGAAGAGGUCGUAGCAAGGGACCUGGUGCCCUCAUUUGUGAAGCUGCUCAAAGACAACGAGGCUGAGGUGCGGACGGCAAUCGCAGGACAGAUUCCAGGAUUCUGCGCCCUGGUUGAGCGGACGACAUUGCUCAAUGACAUCCUGGGUAGCAUCGAGGACUUGGUCUCGGACAACUCCCAGCAUGUCCGUGCCGCUCUUGGUACACAGAUCAGUGGACUGGCUCCCAUACUUGGAAAGCAAGAGACUAUUGAUCAUCUUCUGCCCAUGUUCCUUCAGAUGCUCAAGGAUGAGUUCCCUGAGGUCCGUCUCCACAUCAUUUCGAAGCUCGAGCUUGUCAACCAAGUUAUCGGGAUCGACCUGCUGUCACAAUCGCUGCUCCCCGCCAUCACGCAGCUAGCGGAGGACAAGCAGUGGCGUGUGCGCUUGGCUAUUAUCGAGUACAUCCCGUUACUGGCAAGUCAACUGGGUGUCAAGUUCUUCGAUGAGCAGCUGAGUGCCCUGUGUAUGGGCUGGCUAGGUGACACUGUCUUCUCCAUCCGUGAGGCAGCGACACACAAUUUGAAGAAGCUCACAGAGGUCUUUGGUGUGGAGUGGGCGAGCGAGGCCAUAAUCCCCAAGGUGAUGGCUAUGGGCAAUCACCCGAACUAUCUCUACAGAAUGACCACCUGCUUCGCUAUCACGACCCUGGCGACUGUUGUCAGCAUGGAUGUCAUUGCCAAGUCAAUUCUGCCCAUGCUUGACAAGCUUGUGGUGGAUGACAUCCCCAACAUCCGAUUCAACGUCGCGAAGACGUAUGCGGUGCUCAUCGAUGUUCUUCAGCGCCUGCCUGACGAAGGCACCGUCUACCAGCUGGAGAAGUCCGGUGAGACCAAGGCCCCGUCCCCACAGGGCCAGGAGCUUAUCCAGCAACGCGUGAUCCCGAGCCUGGAAAAGCUGCAGAAGGACGACGAUGUGGAUGUUCGCUAUUUCGCGACAACGGCUGCCGCGGUCGUGACGGGUUCGGGAGGGGAGCCCAUGAACACCUCGCCCUAGAAGGGGGAUUACUCUGCUGAAAUGACACCAUGCGCGAGGCCGAAACCGUUCAUGUCUUGACGCUUUUCACAGAGGGACCAACCCGCUCGAUGUGGGUCUGGCCUUUGAUUUCGUCCCCAUCCCCUGAUCAUAUACAGCGUUUCGCCAAGGGAAAUCCAAACCAAACAAAAAAAUACACUAUUAGAAGACGGGAUCAGGCAUAAAGGAGCAUCAACGAUUCCCCCGAGGUUUUAUGCUUUGCGGUCUUUUGCAGGCCUCCGAACUCCACGGGCUUCAAAUGGAUAUCAGCAAGGCAGGCUGUACGGGUGGUCCAUGUGGGAAGCCUUGGCCUUGAAUAAUGUAGGACUACCCUGGAGCUUCGAGCCCGACCAGAGGAAGAGACCCCCCAUUUAGCACACUUAGCACGUCGAUGAAUCACGCACGUAUCGUACAAGACCUGUCAAUGCGUUCCUUCUAUAUUGCUUGCUGUUGGGUAUCUAGUUAGAUGUGCUGCGACUACGCCCCCCUACUCCGCGCCGUCCGCUGGGCCGUGAUGUCUGAACGUGAAGGGACACCUGCCCACACCUGCACACCCCGCCGUCAUCAUCUCCUCUGGAAGCACAGCGUGCUGAUGGUCUGCCCCUUGACCCCACCAAAGCUGAAGCUCGGGUACUCGACCCGGCCGACCCUCACGAACCUCGCGCCGCCCUCGACGCCGGCGCUGCCCUCGCCGAACCACCCCUCGAGCUCCGCCUCGGUCCAGUUGCAGCUGGUGACGAGGAACAGGCCGCCGGGCCGUACGAGCCGCAGCACGCGCCCCUUGUACCCCUCGCUGACCCUGCGCCCGCGCGCGUCGGCCUCGUCGCUCAGCGACACGGCGUCAAAGGUGCCCUUGUCGUGCACGACGUCCCACCCCCGGGCCUGCGCCCCGAGCAGCACGGCGCCGUAGCCGCCCCGCAGCACGUCCCACUCGGCAAACUCGACCUCCUCGUCGCCCGCCACCGCCCCGGACCCGGCGAUCUGCCGCGCCAGCGCCACGCUCUCCCCGCUGUAGUCCACGCCCAGGCAGCGCCCGCGCCAGCCCUCCUCGCGCAGCGCAAAGAGCAGCGACCCGUUGCCGCAGCCGAGGUCGAGGAAGGACGUCGAGUGCUUGUCCAGGGCCACCGGCUCAUGGGAUGCUCCCCCGCCGAUCCCGUCCCCGUCCGCUGCUGCGGUUGUUGUGCCCUCCUCCAGGUCCUCGAGGAACUGGAGCAGCUUUGCCUCGGCGUCCGAGUCGUCGAACCAGACCGUGCCGCGGUCGUUGGGGUCGGAGGCGUUGUUCACGAUCUCGCGCUUGUAGAGGUUGUCCCAGCUGUUUGGUUUGGUUUUGCACCAUUUGGUUAGUCUUGCGGGACGGUGUUGCGUUGCGUUCCGUUGCGUUGCGUUUUAAGGCACAGGCGGGACGCGGGGCACGAUGGUGGGAGGAAAGAUCAUGUCCCUCCAUGUAAACUCGACUCACUAUUCCUUGGUGCCUAGCUCGGACGGCUCCAGGUGAUUUGGUAUGGAGGGUUGAUUGUCUGCCAUCUUUGAUGCAGUUCCCUUGUAAACGGCCUGAUAAAUGGUUGUUGACGUCCGAGACGGGAAAGUAUAGGGACGAAGAGCGACGGACGUAUUCUGCCGUGACGGCCGGCGUGGGCAAGCUGCAGGCCGGGCAAGUCCACGUUGGCGGGGCACAUCCGAGAAUGGUAGGCGGUGAUGCUUAUGUGCAAGGAUGACUGCUCGAGAUUCUGUGUAGCGCUCGACGGCAGAGGUGAGAGCUUCUGGGCCGGACCGUCACAGCUAGCAACAUUUUGACUAGUAAACCACAUGAGGCUUUAGGUAGCAGCUAACUGCCCGGGCACGUAAAGAUGUAAUUGGACGAAACACAGUUCGUCAAAAUACCCAACGCAUGCAUCACAGGAGUAAAAAUGAGACUAUGCCCGACAAGGGGGUUUGGAGGUUCGUACUACUUGUAU